AUCAUCAUCAAUGGGUUUUGAGCACUCGUAUGAUGCGCGAUGGCGGCGCAUCAACUUGCCGCGCACGGAUCGGAAGAUGCGGGGCAUGGGGGUGCUGCUGUUGCUUGCUCUGUCGAGUUGCAGCUGUGCCUGGCUUGGUCGUCGCAUGGCAGUGCUGGUGCCAGUAACGACCCUGGCAGAGAUUGCACAUGCGGAUUCCGGCAAAGCACCUGGCAGACCACCGGUGACUAUGAUGCAGCUGUAUCCAGAGUUUAUUCGCAUGGAAGGCCCCACGGGUGAUUUCAGCAUCAACAUUCCAACUGGCUGGAGGACAGAGUUCGAUAACAGUCCUGGGCGACUGGUUACUGCCUGUGAAACCAACGGUGGCUUCAACAGUGCCACUCUUCAGGUGGCCCGGAUUUCUUUGUCAAGUCUUUUGGGAAGUGCAGGUGUGGAAGUGCCGGCAGAUGCUGAAACAAGCAAUUGGAAGGAGGUCACUGGGAAGGUGAGCGAAUCAAAUCUGGCACAGGCCUUGAUGCGUGUUGCUCAGAGAGGACUCACUGAUGAGCCAGUGGAAGACUAUGCCAAUACAUCGGUGGUUGAAACUGAGAUCGAAGCCCCGGAGCCGAAUAGAGACGCGACCUCCUUUCUCUGGAGGGCCAAAAUGGCCGUCCAGGAUUUCCGUCAGCCACGUAUCGUCAGCGGGAGGGCCUUGCUGAGACGUGGCAGAGUCGUGUUGGCCGUGGCCAACGGCUCGGAACGCUUCGGCGCAGUGUCGAGCGCCAUUUCCGCAAGUGGCACUGGCUGGGAGUUCAACAACCGCCUGGUGGGGAGCUUGCGCCUGCGACGUACUGCCGGCUGAACGGGUUCCGGUUUUGCAGCGGGU